AUGGCAAGGUUCAAUAUCACUACUCCAAUGGCGGUUCUUUUGGCCGCAAUAAUUGCCAUAGCUGCAGUAGAGGCAUCGAUUUACAGAACAACUGUUACCACCACUGAGAUCGAAGAAAACGCUGCGGACAAUCAACAAUCACAAAGGUGUCAGCGACAAAUGCGCGGGAUGCGAAUGAAUAUGUGCCAACAGUACUUACGACAAUCAUCACAAAGAGGUGAUGAUAUUAUGAUGAUCGAGAGCAAUCCAACAAGACAAGGACUACAAGACUGUUGUAGAGAGAUGAGGGGAGUGAAUGAGGAGUGCAGGUGUGAAGCUGUUAGACAAAUGGUGCAACAGAUGCAAGGACAGGCGUACCAGGGACAAAUGAUGCAGAAGGCUAGACAACUUCCUUCUAUGUGCGGAAUGAGGCCUCAGUACUGCGACAUUCGUGGACGAUAUGUCGAGUACUAG